AUGUUUUGGAGAUUUGGCGGGUACGCCAACAUAUCAACCAUUGAUACCAUACUCGAUAAGCCAGACUACACCCUCGAGGAGCUGCUGGACGAGAGCGACCUGAUCCAGGAGCUCAAGCAGCACAACCAUAAGCUCAUCGAGUACCUGCGCGGGGACGCCAUCCUCCAGAGGCUUCUAGAAUACGCCGUCGCCCCCAAGCUCGAGCGCUUCGAGACCCCCGACGACAACGCCGACGACGGACUGGGCUCCGGGAGGCCCAAGACCCGCCUGCUGCCGUUUUCGCGACCGCGCGCCUCGUCGCGGGCUUCGGCCAACGGUGACGAUGGCGAUGGCGAUAACAAUAAUGAAGAUCCCGACGAGCAGGACAAGCGACGCAACCGUUACGCAUUCGUCGCCUGCGAGGUCCUCAGCUCAGAGACCUGGUCCAUCUACGAGGCCCUGACCGAGAACCGCCAGCUCAUCGUCGACUUCUGGCGCUUCCUCGAGCGCGAUUCCCCCCUCGACCCUCUCCAGGCCAGCUACUUCACAAAGGUGAACGAGUCCCUCUUUGACAAGAAGACGGACGAGAUGAUGGACCUGUUGCGCACCCUCCCAAAUGUCGUCCCCAGACUGCUUAAUCACGUCGAGUGCCCCAUGAUUAUGGAUCUGUUGCUCAAGAUCAUCGCUCUUGACCGGAGCGAAGGAGGUCAGGGUGUCGUAGAGUGGCUCUAUGCCAAGGACCUCAUCCCUUCCCUCCUGUCCUUCCUCAGCCCCGAGCACAGCUGGGUGGUCCAGACCGCUGCCGGUGAUUUCAUCAAGGCCAUCAUCACCAUCUCGGCCAACGCCUCCCAGAACGAGCAGCAAUGUAUCGGUCCCAACGAGCUCACCCGCCAGCUCGUCUCCAAGCCUUGCGUCGAGCAGCUCAUCGGCUACAUGCUCAACGGAGGAAACCCCCUCACCGUCGGUGUCGGCAUCGUCAUCGAGGUCAUCCGCAAGAACAACUCAGACUACGACCCCGACGUCGGCACGGGUACCAAUCUGCCCCCAUCGAGUCACGACCCCAUCUACCUGGGUCACCUGCUUCGCCUGUUUGCCGACAACGUCCCGAAGUUCAUGAAGCUCAUCGUGGACGGCCAGUCCGACAAGACGGGCAUCCAGUCUACGUUUGGCGGCAAGCUGCAGCCCCUGGGUUUCGACCGCUUCAAGACGUGUGAGCUCAUGGCCGAGCUCCUGCACUGCAGCAACAUGGGCCUGCUCAACGAGGUCGGAUCCGAAGACCUGAUUGCCGCGCGCGAUGCUGAGCGCCGGCGGCUCCGCUCGGAGGGCAAGCUGGGCCCUCAGCGCGAGGAGGACGUAUCGCAGGAUGACCUGACGAUGCGUUCGGCCCACCUCCAGCAGGACGAGGGCAGCCGCCGUCUCGAGGUCAUCAACGCCGACGACGACGGUUUUGAGGAGGUCGAUCCCAGCCGCGAGAUGAGCGAGGACACCUCGCACGAGUUUGUCAAGGCCGAGAACGACAUACUACCUGCCGCCCCGCAGCCAACCUCGAUCAUCACCAAGAACGAUGACGAGUUCGUCGACGAGCCGCUCAGCUCCCCACGCCUGACUGUCACAGCCGACAAGGUCAACGAGCAGCAGGAGCAGCAGCACGAGUUCGAGGAGCCAGACUUGGUCGUCGCCCCUCUAUCCCCCUUAAAGGGCAAGCCAUCCUCGCUGUCGCCCGCCAAAGAGCUCCCCGAGACCAGGCUGUCAGAGCCGCCUCAGGAGCCGGACUCCUCCGCCAGUGCCAGGCCUGAUAACCUGCGCAAGGCAUCGACCGGCUCCAUGACGGACAUGCCCUCCGAGGACGAAGAUGGCCUGUCUCUCCCGGUCACCGGCCGACCACCCGUCAGCCUCACACAUAUCCAGGUUCCUUCGCCCAACUAUGUCGACAAGGGGCCCCUCUCCCCCCAUCCCGAAGAUACCCCUGCCCCUCUCUUCGCGUCUUCCUCACCCACCUCCGCAUCGGCCGAGCCUCAGCCCAGGGACGGGGAUGCGUUGGAAGAGAAGCAGGCCGACGAGGAGGUCCCCAGCAAGGAGCAUCAUGAUGAGACCGAAGCUGAGGAGGCCAGGCAGGAAUCCGAGAGGACGGGUGCCGUCAAACCUGUUGUGGGUGACUUCUUGAAGAUGCAGUUUGUCGACCACGGUGUCGUACCUACGAUUCUGUCCUUCUUCUUCUCCUACCCUUGGAACAACUUCCUGCACAAUGUCGUCUACGACGUCGUGCAGCAGGUAUUCAACGGCCCCAUGGACCGAGGCUACAACCCCACCCUUGCCAUUUCACUCUUCGAAUCGGCCGACAUCACGGCGGCCAUCAUCACGGGCCAGCAGGUUAGCGACGAGUCACACGCUAAGACCAAGACCCGCAUGGGCUACAUGGGCCACCUGACUCUGAUCGCCGAGGAGGUGGUCAAGUUCACCGAACGCCACCCUCCCGAGCUCCUAUCCGAGACGGUCCUGGACAAGGUCAUGAGCCAGGAAUGGAUCAGCUACGUCGAGGGCUCGCUGGCCGAGACGCGCGAGAGGGACAAUGCUAUCCUGGGCGGCGUCCGGCCCGAAGUGGCCAUGGGCCAUGGCGGCAGUAUUGGCGGUGGCGGGCUCGGAGGAAUGGGCCUUUCGGGCUUGUCUGGCGGCUCCGGAGGCGUAGCAUCGAACGCGCUAGCCGAGGCUGGUCUCAACGGCGGCACCGAGCUCAACGAAAGCAGCGGCAACGGCGGAAUCGGUCCGUUCGCCAUCAGCGGAGGCACGCUCAUGUCGGGCUUCGGCAGCAGCAGCGACGAGGAGGACGAGGACGGCGAUGGCGACGAGGAUGACGUCAAUUCCGAGGUAAGCAUCGAUUACGCGGACGACGAGGACGGCGAGGACGAGAACGGCAGGAUGCUACGCGAAGUGACAUUCCAGCUUGAGCAGGAGGAGGAUCACAUAAGUUACUCGCCCGGGACCAUUUCCGCGCCUACACCGACCCAUCCAACGCGGAGGGGUCUCUGGCACCGCCCUCGAUACCGCCCCCUCCCCCCCCCCCCCNCCCCGCUGAACAUCCCCCCCUCCCGGGCCAGGCGUCAGCUAGCAGCCAGGCUGGCGAUGCACCAGAAAAAUAAGAACAGCAACGCGAGCAACCUGGGUAUCUCCGAGGAGCCCCUGGAAGCAUCGACGCUGCACGACGGCAACGGCGACGAUGAUGACGAUGACGACGACGGCAGAGAUCCCUUUGCCGAUGACGGUGAAGAAGAAGACGACAUGGACGACGAUCUGGACGACGGCGACGACGGCAGGGGAUCGUGGUGGCGCGGCGUCGUGCGGAGGCGCAUCAGCGAGGAGGAGGGGAACGCCGGUGGAUUCGACGAUCUGGACGACGACGACGAAGAGUUUGGUGACUUCGCCAUGGCAGAGGACGACAGCAGCAGUGCGGGCGGCAGUCCGGAGAAGGUGGUCCUCAAGCCGUUGGCCGUCAACCCUGCCCGCGAGGGCACCAGGAGUCUAGGCGGUCUCUGGCCAUUCGGGUCCAAGGAGGAGGCGACGACGACGACGACAACAACGACGCAGCACGUCCCGGCAGCAGCACCAGACGUGCCCACAUCAGCGGAUGAGAAGCAGCAGACCGAGACCGAGGUCAAGAAGGACGAGAAUGAAGCUGAGAAGAAGCAGGAGCAGACUACGACGAGUACGGUGGAGGUCAAAGAGGCCAAGAGGCGGACAAGUAUAGAGGAUCCAGAUGAGGAAGAGGCCAUCAAGGUUUGA